UCUUUUUGCUUGCCCCGGGUGUCUGUUGGGCCCCCGGGCCCGCGCGCCGCGCUUGCGACGCUUUAUUUAUUUUGGGCCGGGGAGCCCGGGGCUUGCUUGGGCCCUCUCGCACGCCCGUGCGUGUGUCAGUUCCCCUUCGGCCGCUCGGCGCCGCAGCUUGCUUGCUAGCGCGCAGUGGUGGCGCGCCGCGGUGCUGGGCGACGGGGGGAAGGCGUUGCCGAGUGCCUUGUUACAGGGAGCCUCCUGUGGGACCAAGCUAGCAGGCGCGGCACGGCAUUUUGUGUGGACGUUGCCUUCUGCUUGUCUGAGUCUGACUCACACCUUUGGCCGCGGGUUUGUGGCCUCAAUCACAAUGGGACAACGACAAGCCAUCUUCUUGCAAACAGGCCCGUGUUGUUACCGAUACUGGUAGUGUGCCGUCAAAUAUCACUGUCUUAAGAUUUGCUGCGCAGUAUUGAUUCUGUUU